AUGGACUGUCCAAAUGUUGAAGCUUUAGUUCUGAAUCUCUCUUCAUCAAACUAUGCAUUGCCGAACUUCAUUGCUACAAUGAAGAAACUGAAAGUUGUGAUGAUCAUAAAUCACGGUCUUGAACCUACAAAGUUGACUAAUUUGUCGUGUCUCAGCUCAUUACCAAAUCUGAGACGGAUCAGAUUCGAGAAAGCUUCAAUCACUCUGCUUGACAUUCCAAAACUUCAGCUCAGUAGUCUUGAGAAGCUAUCUUUAUGGUUGUGUCAUGUCGAUGAGGUUCUCAACGAGUUUGAAGUUGAUGAUGUUUCUCAAACUCUACAGAGUUUACAGGAAAUCGAAAUUGAUUAUUGUUAUAAUCUUGUUGAAUUACCACAUUGGGUCUCUCAAGUUGUUUCGUUGAAGAAGCUUAGCGUCACGAAUUGUAACAAGCUAUGUAGACUCUCAGAAGCUAUAGGCAACUUAAGGAACCUUGAGAUGCUGAGAGUGAGUUCUUGUUAUAGUCUCACAGAGCUUCCGGAAACGAUGGAGAGACUCGGCAACUUGCGGUUUCUAGAUGUUUCAGGUUGCUUUCAAUUGAAAAAGUUGCCUCUAGAGAUUGGAAAAUUGCAGAUGCUGAAGAAGAUUUCGAUGAGAGAUUGUUAUCGAUGCGAGUUGCCAAAUUCAGUGAAGAACCUAGAGAAUCUGGAGGUGAAGUGCGACGAAGGGACUGUGUUCUUAUGGGAAAGAUUCAAACCAAAAAUGAAGAAUCUGACAAUCACAGACGAGGAAACAGAACAUAACCUCAACUUGCUUCAACUGUUCUAA